CAGACCUAUGUGUUUAGUGUUUUUGUUUUUAAUUCAGUAAAUCACCUAAUUUUCAUGAAACUUGGGAUACAGUAUUGUUAGUUAUUCACAAUCUUUUCCUGUGAAACAGCAUGUAACUUUUAAGUGAUAAAUUAGGAAAAGUGUUUCUCUAUUGAAAUGUAUUUUCGUAAUCUAUAGAGUAUGUAUUGAUUGUGGUAACAGAACGAUAUAUGGUCAGGUAUAAUACAGUACUGCUGAAAACCAUUGAACCUUCUCAUCAAUAUUUCAUCCAUCCAGGUUGACACUGUUUUAAUUCCAAUAUUUCUGUAUUAAAUAAAGUGUUAGCUGUAGUCAAUGCUUUAAAGUCAUGAUUUGAAUGAUAGAAGUAAUAGGACAGUGCAGCGAUGUUUCUGAAAAGUUUUCCAAUUGGAUUUUACUGUGGCAUGAAUGGAAAUGGUUCCUUUAUUGUGCUCAUGAAUAUUUGUUGAAAUAGAGUUCUGUCAUUAAAAGGAUUUAUUAUUGAAGAUUAAUCCUAUAAAGAUGAAUUUUCAAGGGGUGCAAGAAUCCGACGGGAAUUUUUUUGAGAAUUUUACAGCCUUAUCUUGGCGUCAGGAGAAUAAACGUCUCAGAGCAACUAAUGAGGAUGACCGAGACAGUACAAAGCCACCUCCCUCAGAAACACAGUUUGUGCAGAAACCAAAACUACCAGAUUUGUCAAGAAAAGAGUUUGAGUUGCUGUAUGUUGAGGUAUUGUACACCAUCAAACACAAGAUUGGUACAACUAUUGGAGGGCACCUGCCAUUUAUACAGGACCUAUACCAGUAUGCUCAAGAAGCCUUUAAAGUCUCUCCAGAGGAUCACGCUCGUCUCCUUGCACAGGCUACAAAGGAAAAGCCUCCAAUAGUAAUUCUAAAUGCCACAGUGUUGGAAGCAAGGAACCUUGAAGCUAAAGAUGCUGAUGGAUUCAGCGACCCUUACUGUAUGUUGGGUAUCAUGCCCGGGCAUAGAAUUGAGAGUUUGGAAGGGACAGAAGGAGGUAGUAUGGGCUCAUCAGAUGAGGAGAACUCUGGCAGAUCUAGAGAAAAGGACAAAGGGAAUUUUAGAAAGUUCUCUUUAAAAAAGAAGUCAGCGGCAUUAAGAGAUCUUCUCCCAGCAAAAUAUAUCCAAACAACUCGAGUGAUCCCAAAUACACUGAACCCUGUGUGGAAUGAUAAAUUUAGAUUUGACCUUGAAGAUGUACAGACUGACAGAGUGCAUUUAGAUAUCUGGGAUCAUGAUGAUGAAUUUUCAGUUAUCGAAGCAGCAAAGAAGUUAAACGAAAUACAGGGUAUCAAGGGGCUUGGACGUUACUUCAAACAAGUUGCUCAGUCAGCUAGGACAAGCAAGAGUAGCGGCAACAGCGUUGAUGACUUUCUCGGCUGUAUCAAUAUAUCUCUAGAUGACAUACCAUCAUCAGGUCAUGAGAAAUGGUACCAGCUCCAGGGGAGAACAUCAAAGUCCAACGUGGAAGGUCAGAUAAAGCUGAGGUUGACCCUAGCAACAAGAGAGGAUCGUGGGAUACCAGAAGAUGAUAACUGGACAGAUGUUAGACAACAUGAGGAUCUAAUCAGUAUCUUCAUUGAACAUGAGGUUAGGAAAUGCAAGGAGGGUUCAUAUCGGUGGCAUGGUGAGCUGCCUCAGGCAGCACAAACCAUCAUUCACCAACAUGCUGUGCAAGGGGACAUAACUCCAGUACAACAGGCAGUGUGUCGCUGGAUGGCCUAUAGCCGCAAGCACUUCGAUCACCCGUUAGAUUAUCAGUUACUGCUCAGUCUCCUUCAGGAGCUUGACAAACUGUGGGAACCAACAUCACUCUCCAGGGAGGAGGAGGAGUGCCUUGCAGAAUCAUUUACAAGAUUUAUCAAUCACUCACUGACUCUGAUAAAAAGACAACGAGAUGCAUUUCCUGUGAAUAACCGUCAAGCCAUGCUGCGUCUUGAUGGCAUGCUACAGUGCCUCGCUGAGAUCUACUCACUGCAUGUGUUCAAACGCACAUGUCCGUUUCAUAAGGAGCUCCACCCAGAGAUUACAAAUGUUAUAAAGAAAAGUACAUUGGAAUGGUAUGAGCGCAGUCACAGACGAUGUAGACAACACACACAUGUAGAUACAGAGGAGGAUAUUAUACAGGGCCUACUAGAACUGACCAAUCUGCUCAACACAGACCUUCAUCAUGCUGUUAUCUUCUAUACUAAACUCUACGAACAAAUUGUAGGUGUGCAAUACUUCCGAAUCACCUAUCAAAUUGUUGAGAAAAUGCUUUCAGCGACCGUGAACACUGGCUUGCGUGAGGAGUUUGGAGACGAGGUAAAUGAUGACCUUCAGAUGACCUUGUCAAGGUUAGAGAAGGUCGACAAGGAUGUCUCAGACCAACAGAGUGUUGUUAUCAUCAUGGGAACACAAUUGUUUGAGCUGUAUCUGGCACUACAAGAGUUCUGCAAGUUCAAGGAACAUCUGCCUAACAGUAUAAAGAAAGAUUUAUCUAUCUGCCAGUACUAUCAGUGGUUCAGGUUUGCAGUACAGAAAUGGCUUCAGAUUGCUAAACACAAGGCCUACAAGAGAAUCCAUAAAGCUGUUGAACUUGACAAGACAGUGGAUGUAAAGAGUGGAGUUAAAUACAGUACGUCUGCUGUUGAUGUCUGCUGCUGUUUUUCACAAAUGACUGAGUUUUGGAAGAAUUUAGACUGGCCUGACCUGAUAGAUGCUCUGCCAUUGGUGCAACAGCUGACAGAAGAUGUGUGUGGCGGUGCAGUGUUGUAUGCUGACCUCGUGCACGAGAAACUUAGGAAGGCUGGGUACUAUGAUGAGGAUGGACAGUUUGAUGUUACAGAGCAGCUGUGUAUAACCAUCAAUAAUAUAGAGCAAGUGCGCAAGUCCCUGUCACCUAUGCCAGAGAUGUUACAGUUCAACGAGAUACAGACUGCAUUAGAAAGUUACAAUGUAAAGAACAAAUCCAAGUAUGACCUGUCUAAGAUACUCUCUAAAGCUGAUGCUCAAAUGAUACAGAAGAUUAAAAACGUUGUUGACAGAGUUGCUGAUAAGAUGCGACCCGAUAUAAAGAAGGAUGUUUUUCACUUGAACUGGGCACCAGAGGCGGUACCAGCUGAUGAUGCUAUCGGUGAUUUAUUGGAAUAUCUUGACAGUAAUCUUCUAGUGCUCAAUACAAAUCUUCUGAAGACAAACUUUGAUAGAAUACUGGAGUCAAUCUGGAUAGAAUGUCUGGAGGAGUUCAGGGAGGCUCUUGACACUGAAGAGGCAAAGCCAGUUUUCUAUCAGAGGAUGUAUGAUGCAAUAGGACUACUUGUACAGUUCUUCAAUGCCAAUGAUAAAGGUUUACCAAUGCAGAAUAUCGUUUGUCCAUUGUAUAAGAAAGUAAGACAAGAGUUGUCACUUCACAAAAUGGACACAUACAGCCUUAUAGAGACAUUUUAUCAAGAAAAACUGGACGAACAGCGUCAGUGGACCAGCACAGAAUACGGCGCACUCAGUGUACGUGUUUGGUACAAGAGAGAUUCUCAUACUAUGCUUGUUGAAGUGUUAAGUGCCAAGGAUGUGAUACCCCUGGAUGCCAAUGGUCUCAGUGAUCCUUAUGUUGUUGUGUCUUUCUGUCCGGAACAUAUGUUUGCUAAUGUACCCACACAGACUACAAAAAUUGUCAAGAAAACGCUCAAUCCAGUUUUUGAUGAGUCUUUUGAAUUUAAUGUGUCCUUACAACAGUGUCAAAGGAAGGGGGCAGCUUUGGUGUUCACUGUGAUGGAUCAUGACUAUGUGUUCCAGAAUGACUUUGCUGGAGAAGUGUUUAUGCCCUUGGCUGAGAUCCCGGGGGUAGAUGGGGAUGAAGUCACGGGUUAUGAGGCACUGAAUGUUGUCACAUUGCCACUGAUGCAGCCAGGCAGGAAAAAGACGGGUGCCUUGGCAGUGUUAGCAAAGCGGGAAUGGGACAAAGCAGCAGAAGACUUUGUUAAGUUACGUAGUAAGGUCCAGGAACAGUCUUCAUAAUACAUAUGUCUGGAAAGUCAAAUGAUGCAGUGACUUCAGUUUGUGAAUGGAAUAGGUUUUAACCUGAACUGACCUAAAGUCUUGGCCAAGAUAUUGGAGUACUUUGAAUUGAACCAAUUCUGGCUGAUGUUACAAUAAAGUCCACCUAAAGCAGAGUACUUGAUGUGUAAAUGCUCAGUACAUAUUUCAUGAAACUAUAUUGAUAAUAUUUAAGACAGUAAACAGUACCUGAAAUUGCUGUGUGGACAUACUAAUACAUGUCUCACUGUUCCUCUGUAUGGAUCAGGUCACUGUGACCUACUGAGUUAGCUAAUUUUGAUUGAUCAGGGUUGUUUUAUUUAUGGAUCCUGAUAAACCAGUAUAUACCCAAUUUGAAAUUGAGAAUGUUAUUUUGUACAUAUUAACAUAUAAGCAAAAGGGACAUUUUAUCUUUCUAGUCAAAUACACAUGUAUAUAUUGCAUGAAAUGAAAUUUCAUAAAAUUUCUAUCUUCAGUUUAUGUGAUUUUUUUGAAGUCAUAGAUGAUUACACAUUAUACACAUUAGAUUGCACAGAGUUUUACUAUUUGUUAUGUGAAGUGUUUGUUUUUUCUCUGUGUAGCAGAUGAUACAGGAAUGUUAAAGCUUUUUAUUGUUGGCCUAGGAACCUUACUGUGUUAUACUGAUUAGAUUUGAUGUGUCAUGACUUGUACCAUGGAUAUUUUGAUAUUGAUAAUACAGGUUACAUAACAAAGUACAUAUAUAUUGAUGCAACAUGAUAAUUGGCAACUAUAUAUAUAAAUAACAUAAGUAUAAAAUAUGAUGCAAUGUUUAAAGCAUUAGGCAUAAAAAAAAAAUUCUUUGUUUCCGGUAGCAUGCUCAAAAAAAUUAGGGUAGGUAGGUCGGAAAUUUUUUUUUUUUUUGGAAUUUUUUUUUAUUAAGGGAGACUUUUCGGAAAUUAUUUUUUUGUCAAAAAAUGAUUACAAAUAAGGGGGAUAUGCCUUUAGAGCAUUAGUAAGUUGAUUUCUAACAUCACUGGCCAUGUUUAACGCAUAAAAAGUGCAGUUUUGCAUCAUUUUGUUAAAAAGUUGAAAAAAAAUAUUCUCCAAGGCCAUAAAAACAUUUAGGGUCGGGCCAAAAAUUUAGGGUAGGUCGGGAUACCGGAAACAAACAAUUUUUUUUUUUACGCCUUAAGUAAAUUAUUUCAAUAUGAUAGACUCGGUUUCAGCACAACAGGCAUUCCACUAACAGUUCAUUAAUUUAAUAGUAUUUCAUUAAUUUUAAUAAUAGUAUAUUUUAUUGGUAAAAAGAUAAAAAGAUUAGGUAGUUGUCAAACCUUUAUUUUAUCAAAUAUUCCCCGAGAUUUGUUCAUAGUUCUCUAUUGACAAAAAUGCAUUUAGCGAUAUUCAAUAUUUAUGCCCCACUUGAAGAAGAGGGGGUAUAUUGUUUUGCUGAUUGUCAGUUUGUCUGUCUAAGUCAGUCGGCCGGUAGAACAUCUGGUUUGCGAUCAGUAACAAGAGAAUACUUGGUCUAACAAUGGUCAAACUUCAUAUUAAGAUGAUUGCCUAUGACGUCUAGACUGCAAGCGGUUUCCACUCAAUGAUAUAGAACACUUCAGCUUACAGUCGUCAUACUGCGUAGGAUAAUUGCUUGUUGCCUGAAGAUGAUCAGUAUUGUUCUGGAGAUCAAUAGAUCAAAGGUCAAUGUGAUACUAACCUGGAGACUGAAAACAGUUUCCUCUCAAAAACUAAAAAACACUUGGCCUAAAAUUGUCAUUAUUAUGAUUACCUAUGUCUGUGGUGACCCCUAUUGCUUCAUGUGUCUGUUGGUUAAAGGUCAAGAUCAUAGUUCUUUUCAGCUUUAUUAAGCACUGUAACUCUACUGUUUACUGUAUUAGACCAUGUUGUAUUACAUAACCAAGUUUGUCUGUCUGUCUGUCUUGUCUACCUGUAUCUCGGCUGCAGUUUCUUAAUUUUCUCUCCUUAUUAUCUGAUCCAGUAUGUUUGGCAUCUGUCACCGAUGAUUUUUGUAAAUAUGUAUGCAAGAAGUGUUUUGUUAUUUGCUUUGAGAGAUGAAAUUACUUAUCUCGGGCCAUUGCUUAAAGCUUGUGUCUGGGGCCACUUGUUUGAAAAAAAAAUCUGAGCAUUGAAGAACUAAAAGCCUUAGUUAAAUGUGAUUAGCUAUAAUAUAUAUGUAUAUAAUGGGUCUAUUUUGAUAACUUUUUUGUAUCUACCACAAGUACAGAAACUAUUCUCACCUAUGUACUUGAAGGACUGGUAGUUGAAUGCAAUAUUUAGAAAGAGAGGUUUUUGCUUAUUGUGUUAGGUCACCAGAGACUGAGGUACUUUGAAAUCUGUUAUCUAGUAUCCAUGUUUUAGCUCACCUGAGUACAAAGUGCUCAAGGUGAGCUGUUUGACUGCUCUCUGUCACUUGUCAUUGCUCAUUAAUAGUUACUGUUAACACUAAAGGUCACAAUUUUAAUGCAAUUUCUAUAAAUCUGCACCACAAUAUUCACCUCAAGAGAAUCAUGAACAAGUUUGAUAAUAGAUUAUCUGUUAUAAAUUUUACUAAAGAUGUAAGUCAAGUUAAAAAAGGUCAAAAACAACGUAUCUGGGUCAUAGAAAAACCUUGUAAAGACUUCAUACACCUUGUUUUAAACACUUUACAAGAAUCUGGAUCCAACUAUUUAUCUGAGCUAAGGUUGAAACUGGUCAAAGACUAGGUCAGAUCAUUGAAACUGUUUCUAAAAUGUAAAAAAAUGUUUAACCUUGAGUCAUAAAACCAUGUACAUUGACAGGAAUGGGGGCACCUGUGUCCUAUGAACACAAAUCUAGUUUCUUGUUCUAGGUCAAUAACUAACCUCUCAGGAUGAAGUCGUAUAACUCUGACAUGUAUUUUGGCAAAAUAUGCCCCCAUUUUGACUUAGAUGCUUGCAUAUAAAACUUAUCUCAAAAACUUAUAAAAAUAUUGAAUUAAAACUUCACACAUUUCUUCAGGUUUAUAAAAGUAGGUCAUAGCAUCAAGUCCCAUAUCUCUGACAUGUAUUUUGCAAAACCAUGUCCCCUUUUGAACAUAAAACUUCUGGUUAAAGUUUUGCAUGCAAACUACAAUCUCCAAAACUAAUGCAAAUUCUGGAUUGAAACUCUACAGAUAUUUUGAUAUUUAGGGUUAUAUUCCUGCUUCUGGGACAACAAUUCAAAUAGUCGAGUACUGUCUUACUUACAGAUUUUGUUUACCUGAUUCACUUGAGUUUUGGUCAGGGGUUAAAAACUUAGUAUUUAGGUUAUAUUAUAGGAAAGCAUUAUUAACAUUCUGUAUGGCAUUUUUACCAUGGGAAAUCUAUGGCAAUUUUGAAACUUGGUCACAUUGAUGUUAAAACUAGGUCAUUGUUAACGUUAUAAAUCACAAACUGGAUCUUCAUGGAACUUACCUUGUCCAUCUAGAUGUUUCGUGCUUAGAUGGGUCUUCAGAUAACGUGGCAUGAACAUUCACUGUACAAAACACAGCAAUGUCAUGGCCUUUUGCCAGAGGUUGACAAUAAUACCAGUUUUAGUUUUUCGUGUUCUGUUUCGAUUUGAGUUAACAAAAACAACGCAUGAUAUGAAAUAAAGGGGAAAAAAUGGAUGAAAUUUAAAGAUCUUUUCAACUAUGAUAAUUAUGCUUGGGUAUGGUGUACUCACCCUUAAUCUUUAGUAACAUUCAUCUUGUCACACAGAAUAAUGUUUCAGGUGUAUGAAUUAAGGUCAUCAUAUCCCCAGAGCCUCUUGUUUUUCAAACAAAUUUUAUGUCAUGAAUCACUUGAUAUGUCUUCACCAAGUUAAUCUAUAGUUUUUUGCAUAAUAACUCUCAAAUUUUUGUUCAACUGCACAAAAUUGGGUCCAAAACUACAUCAUUACAUGGUUAUGUGAGAGUCUUAGGGUCAUCAUUCCCUUUUUAUGACAAGGUAUUAAGUAUGCCUAGCAUGGAAUAUGUAGAUAGCAUAAAGUAAAGCAAUUAUUAGACUUUGGUGUGUUGUGACUCUUCUAAACUGAGGUGACCUAUCAAUGCUUCCAAAGAUUUGUUGAUAUGCUUUUAGAAAUACGAAUUUUGUUGUUUUGUUUUUAAGAAUAUAUCAGUCCUUGUUUGUGCAGUUUAUUUGUGCAAUAAACGUGUGUGUGUGUUUUUACAUCCAGAGGAUUCAUUAUUUGUUUUGUAAUUUACCAGUGUACAUGGUGUAUGAUAUAUGUAAUUAGAUAGGGCAGCAGUUCCAAAACUUGCGUGAAAUGAGUAACAAAAAACUUACAUAAGUAUGAUGUAUAACAUUUAUACUGUUUCUUGUUUGUAAAUUUUUGGUUAUAUGACUGAAUUAAAAUAACAGUAAGUCGAUCAGUGGUGUUUCAUUUUUAGACUGACUAUGUAGGAACCAAAUUAACAUGUAUAUUUUAUCUGUUUAUACCUUUAAUGUUUCCACUGAAUACAAAAUAGGUUGUUGCUUCUUCGUUGCCUAUCUGGCAGGGAAAGACAAGGCUAUCACGGUAGUAUAUCUUCUCAUAUCAAGAUUAAAGGCAUUUGGAGAUGGGCAUUUAAAAAAAAAAUGGUUUAGUUGGUGAUCCAUCUAUAUUAUCACCAUAGUACUAGUGCACUGUUAAUAAUUCAACAACAUUCAGUGGUAUAAAACUAGUGCACUGUUUACUAUUCAAUAAAAUUUAAUGCAUAGAAAGGUCAAGUUUAUGUAAGAAAAUAACACUGUCUGAUUUCAGCCCACCUCUCAAAUAUUUGUCCUGUUUUCAGGAUAAACAUGUUGAAACUUAUUUCUGUUUAAGAAAAUAGAAAUUUAUAACAAACAAAGACGGAUAGAGCUUUUUUGGUAGAAUAGGACUACUUGCUAAUAGAGGCUUAAUUCCCUGUGGUUACAUUCAUGACUUUCAUGGGACCAAAGUUGAUAUUUUGCAUCAGUGUUGUUUUGUUAAAGUUAUUUGCAAUCUAGUUGUUGUCAGCAUCAUAUUUUUUCUUUCUUUCUUGUUGCUAUAUAAAAUUUCAUAUUAUAUUGCACUUUUAUUGAUUAUUCUAAUAAAUAACCAGUAUUUA